UGCAACUUUCUGACCAUUCUCAAACGCCGGAGGAUGUGUGUGUUGUUAUUACGAUAACUCCAGCUAUGCCGAGGCAAAUUGCUUGAAGUUCAUUCGUAGUUUGUAUGGGACCAUAAACGUUUUCGCAACCACACCCGAUAUUAUUUGGACCCGAAGAGUAUUAAACACACCAUGGAUCCAGGAGUGAGGAGUCUUCAUGGACUCUUCCAGGGCAUACGAGCUCAUGUGGAUGUCCUCAACGAAGGCGUUGAGCCACAGUUCAUUCAGCUGGCACUGAAUUUCGAGGAGUGUAGGCGUAAAUGGCUGAAACUGGAGCAGGACUUUUGUUCCUGUAAAGAGGUUCUGGCUAAAGCCGAGACCGAGAGAAGUGCCCUGGAGGUCAAGCUCAAACAUGCCCGCAACCAGGUCGAUGUGGAAAUCCGCAGACGACAGAAGGCAGAGGGUGACUGUGAGAAAUUGGAGCGUCAAGUAAUGCUGAUUAAGGAACUGCUGGUGUCUGAGGGCUCCAAUAGCAUCCAGUUGAAUGAAGAGCAGCGCUCUGCCUUGUCCUUCCUCAAUUUCAGACCCGCAGCAUCCAGCAACCUCAACACCAGCCGGAAGUUGACGACUAUUGAUGAGUCUGGCUCAAUUUUGUCAGACAUCAGCUUUGACAAAACGGAUGACUCCAUGGACUGGGAUUCCUCCUUGGUCAGAAAUGUGCGGCUCAAGAAGCGUCAAAAACGACGCUCCUCCAGAACCCACACAGAGGGGCCUGUUGGUGGUCCAAAGAAGUCCCGAUCAAUUGGCCGUACCUCAGAAAAGGGCAAUGAGUCACUAGUGGCAAAGACCACCGUGACUGUGCCUGCCAACGGAGGACCCAUCGAGGCGGUUUCAACAAUUGAAGCUGUACCCUACUGGACCCGCAGCAGAUCAAAGACAGCACAGGACUGGGACACCGACUCCAUCCAGUCCAAUGAGCCAGUGUUCAAGCAGCCAAGCCGGCCAGAGAGGCCCAUCACCACCUCCACGGAGCCCAGCACUCCCACCAGCACCAGCGGCAUCCGCCUGCACGAGUUUGUCUCCAAAACGGUGAUCAAGCCAGAGUCGUGCGUCCCUUGCGGGAAGAGAAUAAAGUUUGGCAAGAUCUCUCUGAAGUGCAGGGACUGCCGCGUGGUGUCCCACCCCGAGUGCCGCGAGCGAUGCCCGCUGCCUUGCAUACCCAGCAUGAUUGGCACUCCUGUCAAGAUCGGCGAGGGCACUCUGGCUGACUACGUAUCGGGCACGUCCCCCAUGAUCCCCUCCCUGGUCGUGCACUGUGUCAACGAGAUCGAGCAGCGCGGCCUGCACGAGGCCGGGCUGUACCGCCUGUCCGGGGCCGAGCGCACGGUGCGGGAGCUGAAGGAGAAGUUCCUGCGUGGCAAGAGCGUGCCACUGCUCAGCAAGGUGGAUGACAUCCACGCCAUCACCGGCCUGCUCAAAGACUUCCUCAGGAACCUGCGAGAGCCCCUGCUCACCUUCCGCCUCAACCGCAAGUUCAUGGAUGCCGCAGAGGUGAGCGAUGAGGAUAAUAGCAUAGCUCUGAUCUACCAGACCAUCAGUGAGCUGCCCCAGGCCAACCGGGACACCCUGGCCUUCCUGCUCAUCCAUCUACAGAGAGUGGCCCAGAGCACUGUAACAAAGAUGAACGUCACCAAUCUGGCGCGAGUGUUUGGCCCGACAAUUGUGGGCCACUCGGUGCCCGACCCUGACCCCAUGACCAUCCUCCAGGACACCAAACGCCAGCCUAAGGUGGUGGAGAGGCUGCUGUGUCUCCCGACCGAGUACUGGAGCCAGUUCAUGAUUGUAGAGAGCGACCUGGACCAUCAUCACCAUCAUUCCGACCACAUGGUCAUCGAGAACAUCAACUGCUAUGCCACGCCAGAGCAGAAAGUGAGUAUGCUGGGACCCGUCACCACUCCAGAGCACCAGCUGAGCAAGACUCCGUCCACCAGCUCCCUCUCCAGCCGAAUGAUGAACAAGAUCACUCCCAAGUUUGGAAGCAAGAGCAAAUCAGCAGUGAACUUCAACCGGCAGGGAAACUUCUUUGCCUCUCCACUCCUGAAGUAAUCCGAUGGCAGCUAUUCUACUUUCUCCACAGCUUCUACAGACACAGGGCACCCUGUCAGGCUGUAGACUUUAUAUGUGCUAUUGUAUGGUCUUGUGUAGUGCUUCAGCGUUGCUUUUCUUUUGCCCUUUUAUACUACUAUAUUUGUCAGUGUAUCAAAGUAGAUUUGUUGUUUUUUGUGUACAUAGUAGGUUUUAUAUAUGUGUGUGUAUGGUCCUGGAUGUUUUUUAAAAAAUCAACCAAAGGGAAGAUGUUGAACCUGCAGUGUUCACUGCCUUGUCAAUGACCUAUGAGUGUCUGUCAUCAAGAUACUCUGGCAGGUUGACUACUCUGUAAAAGUGUAGUGAAACGAUGGAAGAGGAGAGUAUUUGGGUUCGUAUAGAUGGGAGACGUGUCAUACGUAUUGGCUGUGUUUUUCUAUACCCUUUAGCUUUUAGAGCGGUGUUGUACUUGACAAAUUUAUAUCUGUAGCGUCAGACCUUUCUUGUGGCAUUUGAAGGAGCAUUAUUUUAUUUGUAUAUGGAAAGGAUGGCUUACAUGUUUUCUUUUUUCCCUCAACUGCACCUAUUCCAGUCCAAAAGGGAUGCACAUGGUACGUGCGAGUCCUUGUCUUUUUGCAUGUUUUGUUUUUGUCACAUUUGUAGUGGUGCUUUUGAUCAGUCAUUUAGUUGGUCUGACGUUAAAGAACCAUCAUUUCAUCAUUUCAAUUCUAACGCCAUUUCAGCUGCAACUUGAACAGUUUUAACAAACAUGUCUUUACUUUGUUGGACACAUGUCUGGAAGGGAGCACUUUACAGAAAUUGGCAGUACAGCAUAGAAUGAUUUGAAGAUGAUUCAUGAUUUUCCUCAUGCUUCGUCCUAACCCCAAGUUACAUAAAAUACCCUGUCGUCAUGUCAAGAACUAGGAUUUCCUAUGCAAGGUAAUUAAUGUACAAUUACACACAUUUUGGAAUUUAUAUGCUUAGUGUGCCAGUGUGUGUGUGUGUGUGUGUGUAUAUACAAAUGCCAGUAAUUUCAAUUUAUGUUUUUUAAUAGUGGUGGCUUAGCGAGACCUAAAAAAUAUAUGCAUUUCAUCAGAAUGCACACUUGUAUAAUCAACUUGUCUUGUGAUUUGUAAAAAUACACGAAUUUCCAGCAAGGUA